CACAGGCUGCUCCUACACCGGAACAUCUAGAUGCCCCCUCCAACUUUCUUUCCCAUCAAAUGAUGUUUCUCUGGGUGCUUUUUAAAUAAUUAAGAUGGCCUCACUGGAGCUUUACAGUAAGGGAGCCAGUGUGUGGAUUCCUGACCCAGAUGCAGUCUGGGUGUCAGCCGUGCUCCUCCAGGAUUACAGUCCAGGUGAUAAACAUCUACAGCUGCAGCUCUCUAAUGGACAGGAGGUGCAGUACCCAGUGGUGUCCACCACAGACCUGCCACCGUUGGGGAACCCAGAAAUCCUGGAGGGGGAGAAUGAUCUCACAGCUCUCAGCUUCCUCCAUGAACCUGCCGUGCUGCAUAACCUGAGGGUUCGCUUCCUGGACUACAGCAGCAUCUAUACGUACUGUGGCAUUGUGUUAGUGGCCAUUAAUCCAUAUGACCAGCUCCCCAUUUAUGGAGAGGAGGUGAUUGAUGCUUACAGUGGUCAGGACAUGGCCGACAUGGAACCUCACAUCUUCUCUGUGGCUGAGGAAGCUUAUCGCACCAUGACCAGGGAGGAGAAAAACCAGUCCAUCAUCAUCAGUGGUGAGUCUGGCUCGGGAAAAACCGUCUCAGCCAAAUUCACCAUGAGAUACUUUGCUGUGGUUGGAGGAGCUGCUCAGCAGACCAGUGUGGAGGAGAGGGUCCUGGCCUCCAACCCAAUAAUGGAGUCUAUUGGGAAUGCUAAAACCACUCGAAAUGACAACAGCAGCCGUUUUGGGAAGUACAUCGAAAUUGGCUUUGGUAGAAAAGGAGACAUCAUUGGAGCAAACAUGAGGACAUAUCUGCUGGAAAAGUCAAGGGUUGUCUUUCAAGCAUCAGCAGAAAGGAACUACCACAUCUUCUACCAGCUGUGCGCCUCCAGAGAGCUGCCUGAGAUGAGAGCCCUUAAAUUGAAUGGACCAGAGCAUUUUCGUUACACCUGCCAAGGAGGAGAGAUGCAGAUUCCUGGUACUGAUGAUGUGGCAGACCUGGAGCGCACUCGGAAUGCCUUCACCAUUCUGGGUGUGCAGCCUGACCAGCAGAUGGAGCUCUUCAGGAUCCUGUCAGCUGUUCUGCACCUGGGAAAUGUCAACAUUCAAGCCAGUGGGAGAAGUGCUGACCGGAGUUACAUUGAUGCAGAUGACCGCUCUCUGGCUGUCUUCUCCAAGCUGCUGGGGGUGGAGGGACCUCAGAUGGCCCACUGGCUGUGCCACCGCAGACUGGCUGUAGGAGGGGAGAUGCUGGUCAAACCCAUGAGUGGUCAGCAGGCUCUGGAGGCCAGAGACGCACUUGCCAAACACAUCUAUGGUCAGCUGUUUAGUUGGACCGUUCAGAGGCUCAACUCUGCUCUGCGCACACAGGGAGGAAAGACCAAGUCAUUUAUAGGAGUACUGGACAUCUAUGGGUUUGAGACUUUUGACCGGAAUAGUUUUGAGCAGUUUUGUAUAAAUUAUGCAAAUGAAAAACUUCAGCAGCAAUUCAACAGGCAUGUAUUCCACCUGGAGCAGGAGGAGUAUAUCCGUGAGGAGCUGGCUUGGAGCAGGAUAGAGUUCAGUGACAAUCAGCAGUGCAUCAACCUCAUUGAGGGACAACUGGGCCUGUUUGAUCUGUUAGAUGAGGAGUGCAGGAUGCCCAAAGGCUCAGAUGAGAGCUGGGUGAGGAAGCUGUAUGACCAACACUUGACAAGCAAGAUGCAUCCUAACUUCAGAAAACCUCGCAUGUCCAACAGUGCCUUUAUCGUUCUACACUUUGCUGACACGGUCCAAUAUGAGUGUGAUGGCUUUCUGGACAAGAAUCGGGACACUGUGUUUGAGGAGCUCAUUAACAUUCUCAAAGCGAGUCAGUCUGAGCUGGUGGCUGAAUUAUUCCAGCAGCAAGAAAAAGUUCCCUCAGUCUCCAAUGGAAGCGUUCGCUCAGGGAAAAGAGCCACCAGGGAGCACAAACUCACAGUGGGCUUCCAGUUUCGUCAGUCCCUCCAGAUGUUAAUGGACACUCUGAAUAGCACCACGCCUCACUACGUCCGCUGUAUUAAACCCAACGACCUCAAAGAACCUUUCAUGUUCGACCCCAGGAGGACAGUCCAGCAGCUGAGGGCCUGUGGGGUGCUGGAGACAAUACGCAUCAGUGCUGCGGGUUUUCCAUCCAGAUGGACGUAUGAGGAGUUCUUCAGUAGGUACCGUCUUCUUCUUCGUGGUUCUCAGAGUCCGGAUCAGGCACAGCCCGCGUGCAGAGAGGCUCUCCCUGAGCUCAUCCCAGACGAGGACCAGUACUGCUUUGGGAAAACCAAAGUGUUCUUCCGGGCUGGACAGGUGGCUCUGCUGGAGAGGCUGAGAUCUGAGAGGCUGCGUGUUGCUGCUGUGAUAAUCCAAAGCAGGGUCAGAGGAUGGCUGGCAAAGAUUAGAUACUCCAGGAUCUGCAUGGCAACUAUCACUAUACAAAGAUACUGCAGAGGAACUCUGGCAAGAAGACUGGCUCUGACUCUGCGCUACACAAAGGCUGCUCUAGUGAUACAGAAGACUUACCGCAUGCUGGUGGUCAGACAGUUGUUCCUCAUUAUCCGACAGGCCACCAUCACCAUCCAGGCCUUCACUAGAGGCACACUGACCCGCCGCAGAUACAGACAGUUUGUGGCGGAGCGGGCUGCUAUUUUUCUCCAGUCGAGUGUACGUGGUUGGCUUGCGAGGAGAGCAUACAGGCGAGUACGUUCAGCGGUGGUGUUCAUGCAGUGCUGCGUGCGUCGCAGAGCUGCGAGGAGAGAGCUGCUGAAACUAAAGACAGAGGCUCGCUCAGUGGAGAGGUACAGAGAGCUCAACAAGGGCAUGGAAGUCAAACUGAUGCAGCUGCAGAUGAAAGCAGACCAGGAGUCGAGGGAGAGUGCAGCUUUGAGAGAAACGCUGCAUGCAGAGCGAGAGGCCAGCAGUGCAGAGCUGGAGGCUUUGAGAAUGACAAUAAAGAAACUGGAGAGCAAAAAACAAGAGAAGAUGCAGGCUAGUCCCAUUAUUAACGAGAAGGAGGUGGAGGAGAAGAGAAGAGCUGAGGAGAAAGCUGCUCAAGAGAUCCUUCAGCUCAGACAAGUGCUACAAGAGCUGCAGAAAGAUAAAGACAGCCUCUGCAAAGAGAGAGAUGAUCUCUCUGCUCGUUUGCUUGAGCAAGAAAAAGCACAAGAAGAGUGUGUGCAGAAGGCAGUGUCUCAGGAAAGUGCAGCUCUAAGGGCAGAACUGGAUGAGGAGAGAAGAAAGUAUCAGGGUCUCCUCAGAGAGUUCACCCGACUAGAGCAGAGAUACGACAACCUCCGGGAGAUGAGUCUGCUCACUGAGCGCAGCAAAGGCCAUAGAAGGACUGACUCUGCCCAGAGUCUGAGCUUUGAGCCUCUCUCUCCCUCCCCCACCCCGCUGUCACCCCAGUCUCUCACCCCGCUCUCAUGGUCACCCUUCCCAUCUGCCCUCCCUUCACCAGAGGUGGUCCGCAGGGUCAGCGUGACUUCUCCCUUGGAAAAGAAACCAUCAGUGUGGAGCUUUGACACACCUAUGGAGCAGCUGAUGGAGAGGAUGGAUGUAGCUAAAGACCCAGCAGUAAAGAUGAAAGGAGAGGAUCUGGCUCAUGCUUAUGAUGCAGUACGAGUGGCUAACAAGCUCUUGGAAAGUCAACUUCGAAGUCAACGCAGUCAGUGGUACAGGGAUCUGGAGACUCUGAGGUGCCAGCUAAGCCAGGCGAUCUCUAGUUCCUCAUCUCUGGAGCGACAGGAUCUGCAGGAACUACUCGAGGCGAGAGAGCAAGAAUGUGUUGGAUUGAGGAGAGAGCUGAAAGAGCUGAAAAACACAGUCUCACUCAGAAGACUCGUGUCACAAGUUCUGCCAUCUGCUUUAACCUCAGAGGUCUGCCCCUCUCCAUCUCGACCAAAGCCAGCUACCGUCACUGGUUUGUUAGAGUGUAGAAAGAAAGAUGAAAACAAGCUCAUCAAGAACCUCAUCACAGACAUCCGUGUUGACAGCGCCCUGUCUUUGCCUCCUGGCCUUCCUGCCAGAGUGCUCUUCCUGUGUGUACGUCAGGCCGACUGCAGCGGAGAUCAGACUCAGGCUCGCUCACUCUGCAGUGCCGCUGUCACUGCUAUGAAAGCAGCUCUGAAGAAACAUAUCAAUGAUAUGGAUAUGUCAGCUCUGUGGCUGAAAAAUGCCUGUCUGCUGCACGACCUGUUGACCCAGCACUCCCCUAAACAGACCCUUGACUCCGAUGAUCUGGUUCCGUUCACCACUGAUCUGUCUGACUUGAUCCGUGUUCUGAGUGACCUCUGCAUCCAGGCUUAUCAGCAGCUCCUCUCCAUCACUGAAAAACGCCUACAGAACAUCAUAGUCCCUGCACUGCUGGAAAGCGAAACCAUCCCUGGUUUGUCAGCCUCUGCUGCAAAACUGGUGACAUCCAGAAAGAGAUCAGGAUCAGACCCCAGGCCCCCAGGAGGUGACACACCCACCAUGGCAUCAGUGCUGCGGGAGCUGGGAGCCCUUCACACUGCUCUGACCCAUCAGGAUCUGCCAGCGACUCAGAUGGAGCAGGCCUUCCACCAACUCACCUACCUCAUCUCUGCCUCUGCCUUUAACAGCCUGCUGCUGAGGAAGGACAUGUGCUGCUGGAGUCGUGGCAUGCAAAUACGCUACAACGUGAGCCUGCUUGAGGAGUGGCUGCGGAGUCGGGGUCUGCAGGCAGGGGGCACUGUGGCCACACUGGAGCCUCUCAUCCAGGCUGUUCAGCUACUGCAGGCUGGGAAAAAGACAGAUGCUGACGCCCAGGCUCUGGUUGAGACCUGCACUGCUUUGUCUACCCAGCAGAUUGUGAAGAUUUUGACCCUCUAUACUCCGCACAGCGACCUUGAUGAAAGAGUCACACUGAAUUUUAUCCGCAGCGUCCAGGGUCUCCUUAAAGGCCGCUCUGACGGUCAGCCUCCACAGCUCCUGAUGGAUGUGAGGCGUGUGUUUCCAGUCACAUUUCCCUACUCGCCUCCCCCCAUCAUCCAUGCUGAGCAGUUAGUCAUCCCCGACUCCCUCAAGAUCUCCUUUCUACGCAGAGCCUGAAGAACAGGAUGUCCAGCCUUUUAAGCCGGGUCUCUUUGGAGCAAAUACUUUUUCGCAAAUUUAACUCCCAGCCCACAUCAUUUAAUCUUUUGAAAGUGAAAUCACUGCCUUGAGUUUAAUUGCAACCGUUUUUGGCACAAACUUGUGAUGAGAGUUUAGAAGGUUAAAGCUGGUAAAUAUUUAAAUGAAACUUUAGA